GUAGUCCGCGCUAUGCGUCAUGGUGCAUCCUUUUCAACUUCUGCAAAACGUGGGCGCAGAUCUGGGGUAAUAUCAACCCCUACAACCUGUCAGUUUCCGGGGAAAGAGUAGUGUGGUAAUGGAACUCGCCGCACGGGAUGUUGUUGUCGGGGAUGAGGCCUUGCCAUUAUGGCGUUAUUCCGGCGAGUGAGAGAGAUCGACAUGGUCUCCUCCCUUCAGAUAUUGGAAAUUUUGAAAUAUAAUUCAGGGAUUUCCCAGAGGAUGAUUAUCUCCCCAAACGCUGGUCACUUCCUCACUUUCUCCGUAUCGUUCUAUGUUGUAUAGAUUAUGCACGUGGGGCUUCUACCAACGCAACGCGUAACUGUACCUACGUAUCAAAGAUGGAGUUCAACCUUUUCGGCCGCGGCUGGAAGCUGCGUUUGGCCAUUACAGUUGCCUGUGAAAUGGCAUUCAUUCUGUUUGGGUAUGACCAGGGAGUGUUCUCAGGCAUUGUCGGGAACUCGGAUUUCCUGAGGGUGAUGGGUGACCCUAAAGAUGCAUAUCUUGGUAUAAUCGUCAGUAUAUACAAUUUGGGAUGUUUCAGUGGCUGCAUUCUCGCGUUCAUCUUCGGAGAGAUGCUUGGUCGACGACGUGCCAUGUGGGUUGCUAUGGCUUGGAUUAUCGUUGGAGCAUCGCUACAGGCUUCAGCAUUCUCAGUUCCUCAUUUGAUGAUCGGCCGCUAUGUCACGGGCAUUGGGACUGGUAUCGAAACAUCUACUGUGCCGAUGUAUCAAGCAGAGCUCUCUCAUGCCCACCAGAGAGGCCGACUCGUCUGUUCAGAAGCAUUAUUUGUCGGUGUUGGCAUAGUUAUUGCAUAUUGGUUUGAUUAUGGACUGCAUUUCCUUGACAGCUCAAUCGCCUGGAGACUACCAGUUGCGUGCCAAGUCCUCUUCACCUUCGUUGUGAUCUUGCUAGUCUUUGGCUUGCCAGAAUCACCUCGCUACCUGUAUAACAAGGGCCGAAACGAAGAAGCGUUGAAUGUCUUGUGUACUGUAUACGAUAAGGAUCCUGACCAUCCUGAAAUCCUCAAGGAGCAAGCAGAUAUUUUGCUUGCUAUCCAGCUAGAGAGCCAUGAGUCCAAAACUUGGUUCGACAUCUUUAAGCAGGACGAGGUCCAGACUGGAAAGCGAGUACUUCUGGCCUACGGUAUGCAAUUCAUGAACCAAGUCGGCGGUAUUAACCUAGUCGUCUACUUUGUACCCACCGUCUUGCAAGACAAUGUCGGUCUAUCGCGCAACCUCUCACUGCUUCUUGGUGGAGUGAUACAAUGCAUGUUUGUGAUUGGGUCCUUCGUGCCUUCACUGUUAGUCGACCGCAUCGGCCGUCGGCAGCCCAUGAUGUGGGGUUCACUCGGACUCGGGAUUUCCAUGAUGUUGAUAUCCGUUCUGCUGAGUUUCAAGGGCUCCUCUGUAGAGAAAGAGACUUCGACAGCUAGCGUGGCAUUCUUCUUCACUUACAUGCUUAUCUUCGGUGCAUCCGUGAACUGCAUCCCUUGGGUUUAUGUACCAGAAAUCCUUCCUCUUCAGGCCAGAGCAAAGGGCACCGCCAUCGGAAUCUCUUCGAACUGGCUUUGGAACUUCGUCAUCGUCAUGAUAACCCCAGUUAUCAUCUCCCAUCUCCAAUGGAAGGCAUACCUGAUCUUCAUGUGCACGAAUCUGGCAUUCAUUCCACUCAUAUACUUCUUCUAUCCGGAGACGGCAAACCUGACUCUUGAAGAGAUCGAUUAUCUCUAUACUCAACCAGGAAGGUCUGCUCGGAAGGUUGCCCGUGAGUUACGCAAGAACCGCGCAAGUGGCCACGGCUCGGUUGAGGAUGACGUGAAACCCACUGCUGAAUUGCAAGAGCAUAUUGUUGAGAAAUGACUGGGGUACUGUGCCUUAUGUAGUUUUGAGCUAGAUGCUUAUGAGUCUCUAUGUGAUACUGGGAUCUCUGUUCUAUGCUUUUUCCGCGCGGGCAUCUUCAGAGGGCCAUAUGAGUACGAGGAUAUAGACUUUAGAAGAAAUAUCAGG